UCAGGCUACGGGGGGUGGCCGGUUCCUCCCCCGAAGGUCUGGUUGGAGACACGGUCCCGGGGAUUAAGAGCAGCGGUAGACGAGGAAGAGGAGGAAGACAGCAGUCCUGGAGUGUCCUUCUCGCUCUCUUCAGAAGAGUCGGAGAUGGAGCCCGAGGAAGAAAGGAUCCGUUACAGCCAAAGACUGCGUGGCACGAUGAGGCGGCGUUACGAGGACGACGGCAUCUCCGACGAUGAAAUCGAAGGGAAGAGGACGUUCGACCUGGAGGAAAAGCUGUCCACCAACAAGUUUAACUCCACCUUCGUGGUCUUCAUGGAAGGCAAAGACUUCACAGUUGAAUACAUCCAGCGGGGUGGCCUGAGGGACCCUCUCAUCUUCAGAAGCUCGGACGGCCUGGGGAUAAAGAUGCCAGAUCCGGACUUCAGCGUCAACGAUGUGCGGCUGUGUGUCGGGAGCCGACGGAUGGUGGACGUGAUGGAUGUGAACACGCAGAGGGAUAUCGAGAUGUCCAUGGCGCAGUGGGCCCGCUACUACGAAACGCCGGAGGCCGAGCGAGAGAAACUUUACAACGUCAUCAGCCUGGAGUUCAGCCACACCAAACUGGAGAACCUGGUGCAGAGACCAGCUACGGUGGAUCUGAUUGACUGGGUUGAUAACAUGUGGCCCAGACACCUGAAGGAGAGUCAGACAGAGUCUACGAACGCUAUCCUGGAGAUGCAGUACCCAAAGGUGCAGAAAUACUGUCUGAUGAGUGUCAAGGGCUGCUACACAGAUUUCCACGUGGACUUCGGCGGCACUUCUGUGUGGUACCACAUCCACCGAGGGGGAAAGAUCUUCUGGCUGAUCCCUCCUACACCCCAGAACCUGGAGCUCUAUGAAAACUGGCUUCUCUCAGGGAAGCAAGGAGACAUUUUUCUUGGGGACAGAGUGUCAGAGUGCCAGCGCAUCGAGCUCAAGCAGGGCUACACCUUUGUCAUCCCCUCAGGUUGGAUCCAUGCUGUGUACACUCCCAUGGACACGCUGGUUUUCGGAGGCAACUUCUUACACAGCUUCAACAUCCCUAUGCAGCUCCGGAUCUACAGCAUCGAAGACCGUACGCGGGUCCCAAACAAGUUUCGUUAUCCCUUCUACUACGAGAUGUGUUGGUACGUGCUGGAGCGCUACGUCUACUGCAUCACCAGCCGCUCCCACCUGACCAAGGACUUCCAGAAGGAAUCUCUCAGCAUGGAUAUGGAGCUGAGCUCCUCCGACUCGGUAAACAUGGAAGAGGAGGAGGAGGAGGAAGAAGAGGAAGACGCAGCAGGGAAAGAAGCCAGGCGACCGGUCACAAGACGGUCCAUUCUCACCAGCCCAAUAGCCAACGGUGCCAAUGUGGACUAUGAUGAACUGGGCAAGAGCUGCCAGAGCAGCCUGCCGGGUCUGAAGAAGACCACAUCUAUAGACUCUUCUGACUCCAGCCGGGGCUCCCAAAACGGCCAGGCCUGGGACCCCAAUGGUGGCAGCCCACGCAAGAGCAGGAAGGUCCACCUGACGCAGUUUGAGCUGGAGGGGCUGCGCUGCCUCGUGGACAAACUGGAGUCCCUCCCUCUGCACAAGAAGUGUGUUCCCACCGGCAUUGAGGACGAGGACGCCCUCAUCGCUGACGUCAAGCUGCUGCUAGAAGAAUACGCAAACAGCGACCCCAAACUGGCACUUACAGGCAUCCCCAUCGUCCAGUGGCCCAAGAGAGAUAAGCUAAAGCUCCAGGCCCGGCUGAGGGUACGCCUGCCCACCAUCCCCAUCACUAAGCCUCACACCAUGAAGCCAACCCCUCGCCCGACCCCCGUCAGGUCUACGGUCUCUCCCAUCGUGUCAGGCGCCAGGCGGAGGCGGGUGCGGUGCCGAAAAUGCAAGGCUUGCAUGCAGGGCGAGUGUGGCAUGUGCCACUACUGCAGGGACAUGAAGAAAUUCGGUGGGCCUGGCCGCAUGAAGCAGUCCUGCGUCCUCCGGCAGUGCUUAGCGCCCAGGCUGCCUCACUCGGUCACAUGUGCACUUUGUGGGGAGGUGGAUCAGAACGAGGACUCGCAGGACUUUGAGAAGAAGCUCAUGGAGUGCUGUAUCUGCAACGAGAUCGUUCACCCUGGCUGCCUGCAGAUGGACGGGGAAGGGCUGCUCAAUGAUGAGCUCCCCAACUGCUGGGAGUGUCCCAAAUGCUACCAGGGUGACGACGCAGAGAAAGGCCAGAAACGGAAGGUGGAGGAGAGCGACGACGACACGGCGCAAGCCAAGGUGCUGCGGCCCCUGCGGAGUUGCGAGGAGCCCCUGACCCCCCCACCCAACUCGCCCACCCCCAUGCUGCAGCUCAUCCACGACCCGGCUUCACCCCGAGGGGUGGUGACGCGCUCAUCCCCGGGGGCUGGCCCCAGCGACCACCACAGCGCCAGCAGAGACGAACGCUUCAAGCGACGGCAGCUCCUGCGGCUCCAGGCCACCGAGAGAACCAUGGUGAGGGAGAAGGAGAACAACCCCAGCGGCAAGAAGGAGCUGUCGGAGGUGGAGAAGGCCAAGCUCCACGGCUCCUACCUCACCGUCACCCUUCAACGCCCCACCAAAGACGUCCACGGCACUUCUAUCGUCCCCAAGCUGCAAGCCAUCACCGCCUCCUCCACCAACCUGCAGCACUCUCCACGGGUGGUCAUGCGCCACCCGCCCACCAGGAUGCCCCUCCGGGGGGGCGGUGGGGAGGAGGAGGCAGCGGCGGCAGCUGCCGAGGAGGAGGAGGAGGAAGAGGAAGAGGAGGACGAGAACGCGGAGGAAGGGGGGGCGGCCCGGCUCAACGGCCGAGGGGGCCGGGCGCAGGAGGGCGAGGAGAGCUGGAUGCAGCGCGAGGUGUGGAUGUCCGUCUUCCGCUACCUCACCCGCAGGGAGCUCUGCGAGUGCAUGCGGGUGUGCAAGACCUGGUACAAGUGGUGCUGUGACAAGAGAUUGUGGACAAAGAUAGAUUUAAGCAGGUGCAAGUCCAUCACCCCUCAGGCGUUGAGCGGCAUCAUCAAAAGGCAACCGGUCAGCCUCGACCUCAGCUGGACCAAUAUCUCCAAAAAACAGCUAACGUGGCUCGUCAACAGGCUGCCAGGCCUGAAAGACCUCAUCUUAGCGGGCUGUUCCUGGUCUGCGGUCUGUGCUCUCAGUACCUCCAGCUGCCCCCUUCUCAGGACCCUCGAUCUUCGGUGGGCAGUAGGAAUCAAGGACCCUCAGAUCCGGGAUUUACUCACGCCUCCAACAGAUAAACCCAGUCAGGACAAUCGCAGCAAACUCCGCAACAUGAUCGAUUUCCGGCUCGCCGGCCUGGACAUCACCGACGCCACGCUGCGGCUCAUCAUCCGCCAUAUGCCCCUGCUCUCCCGCCUCGACCUCAGCCACUGCAACCACCUUACGGACCAGUCGGCCAACCUCCUCACGGCCGUGGGCUCUUCCACCCGCAAUUCCCUCACCGAGCUCAACAUGGCAGGCUGCAAUAAGCUGACGGACCAGGCCUUGCUCUACCUGCGCCGCAUCUCCAACGUCACCCUCAUCGACCUGCGAGGUUGCAAACAGAUCACCCGCAAAGCCUGCGAGCACUUCAUCUCGGACCUGUCCAUCAACAGCCUCUACUGCCUGUCCGAUGAGAAGCUGAUCCAAAAAAUCAGCUAGAGACCCUUCCCGGGGCCAGACUUGAGGAGAAGGAAAAGAGCCCAUCCUAACCCUUCUCGGAGAAACCGUUCCUCCAACGUUCCCCACCUCGCCCUCCGCGUCCUGCCGCCUCCCUCCCACCCGAUUCGGCAGGGCAGAGGGGCCGCCGCUGGCCUCGCUCCACCGUCCUUCCUCCUCCUCUUCUUCUCCUUCUUCCUCCCUCCUCCUCCUCCUCCUCCACUGGGACUUCUGCCGAUGGAGAUGUCCCGCCAGGCUGGCCAGUACCAGAGGAGGAACGGGCGAAUGGCAAAGGAGCCUUGGGCCCGCAGGCUGGUGGCCGCUUCCCGGGCGGAGCUUGUCAUUGAGAUCUCUGUGCGGAGAAAAAUGGGGUGCCCUCUUUCCUGUCCCCCCUCCUCCAUCCCGUGCCACCCCCCCAAAGCUUUUCCCCCUCCUCCCCGUCGUCUCCUUGAAAACACUUGUCACUUCCCCGUUAGCACAAAGCUCGAGGGUCGAGGUCUCUCCAAGGAAGCGGGAGCAGAGCUGGAACAAAACUUGUGUGUGUGUCCCCCCCCUCAAAUCUGUGCCACCACC